AUGGCCAGGCCCAUCGUCACGGACGCAGAGUUGCUCCGCCGCAUCUCGGCGUACCAAGACGGCUACGACCACGACACGCAGCACCUCGUCGUGCUGCUGCGCCAGGCCGCGACAACGCUAACUUUUGCGACCGAGUGGAAGGGCUUCGCAUGCGACGGCGAUCCGGUCGGCGUUUUCUUGCGUCUCUUUACAUGGAUCCCGUACCUUCAACGUGCUCAUGCCGCCACAGACGUUCACCGACUGCUCAAGCACGACGACAUUGCAGGUGCGCUAUUGGUGUAUGCGAGCUAUAUCCAGGAUCCAACGCUGCUUACGACGGUGCUCGAUCGAAGCACAGAAGUGCCGCAGCACUACGUCCUGCGCGCGCUCGAGGUGGCAGCCUACAAGAACAACUGUGAGGACUACGGAACGCCGGCCGUGCUUGACACGGCCGUCGCGUCCGGACACUAG